AUGUUGCUCUUCUGUCCCGAAUGCGCCAACAUCCUUACCAUCUCUGCCGCCGCAGAGACCGGUCGCAACCGACUCGAGUGUCGCACCUGUCCGUACCAACACCCGAUCGAUAAACCUAUCUACUCGCGAUGGCGCUUCAAGAAGAAGGAACGCGAGGAUGUCUUUGGCAGUGAGAACUUCUCCGAUGUCACUGCCACGCAGUGCAACAACUCGAGUUGCUCUGGCAAGGAAGCGGCGUAUUACCAGGUGCAAAUUCGUAGCGCUGAUGAGCCUAUGACUACAUUCUACAAGUGCUUGACAUGUGGUCAUAAGUGGAGAGAAAACUAG